AUGAAGCAGCUGCAAGUGAUUAAUUUUCUUUUUUGCAUUUUUGAAUAUUUUUUUUUUUUAAGUAAAUUAUGUAAGGGUCAAGUCAUAGUUCAGAAUAAUCUUAACAGAAAUGCGAUCAGUAAUACUAGUGAGCAUUUAAUUGAUACAUGCUUAGAAGUUAGUAACGCUAUAACUUAUUAUGAAGACGUACUAAAAGAUUAUAGCUACAAUAAAAAAUGCUUAAUUUAUAAAGAAAUAGGGAACUCUGUUUUAGAGGCAUACAAACUUAAUGAUCAUAAUUGUUAUAAAGCAAUUCAAAAACUUUUGUGCAAGCUAAAAUACUUGAAAGUAGAGAAUACCUCUGAUGAACUGGAUAACACGAAUGAUGAAGACGAGUUGAGGGAUAACUCAUACGAAAAUACCAGAGAAGCCAAUUUAAUCAUUUCGGAAGAGGAAAAGGAUAUGGAUAAAAAAAAUGAAAAAAGGGAGAAAAAUAAUAAAAACGAACAAAAUGGAAAACUUGAGCAAAAUGGCAAAAACGAACAAAAUAAGGACAGACUCCGAGCAGAAAAAUGCAACAGCACCAAGACUCUGUUCACUUCCUUACUAAAACGGUGCAGACAAAAAAUCAGUAGGGAUCCCUUAGUGCACUGUGCAUCCUUCGAUAAGGAAAAAAAUGUUAUUCUGGAUGGAGCGCUUUUUUGUGAAAGCUCUUACGAAAGAAAAAGUGUAGAAGAUUAUAACAUAACAAAAUCCGUUUAUGGGGAAAAUUAUAAAAAAAUUAUAAUUAAAACUUUUGAUUUUAAAAAUGAACAAAUGGAAGAUUGUUUAAAUAUGGUUAAUAUAUAUAAUAAUUGUUCAAUAGUUGAGAAAAGUAUAUUUAGCAAUAAAAAAAAAGAUACUGAUUUUUGCACAACAGAAAGAAGUGAAUAUUUUUGUCGUUAUAAAAUUGAAAAACAGAAUGAUAUGAAUUACAUAUACACAUGUUCAGAUAUUAUAUUACCAUAUUUAUUAAGUUCAAAGGAUGAAAAUAAGACAUAUGAUCAGUUGUGUAACAAUAUCAGUAAUUAUGUAAACCUUCUUAAAGAGAAAAAAAACUAUUAUUUAAAGAAAAAAAGAAAAUUAAAAGUAGAUACAAAAAAGGCUAAAUUCAUGAACAAAUUAUAUAAAAUAGUUGAAAACCUUUUUCAACUGUUAAAAGAGGAAUAUGAAAAAUAUGAUAUGCAAAUUAACAAUUUAUUCAACAAUUUAGAAAAGCUAAAAGAAGAAAAUAAAAUUAAAAAAGUUUUUUCCAAUGAUUACAUGGUGUUACAAUUAAAUAAGGUGAAUGAUGAUAUUACUAAUUUAGAGGGGAUGAUAAACAAUAUUGAGUAUCCUACAAUGAGCAAAAAUAAUGUUGCUGAAAAUAUUUCUAUUGUUCAUAAAACCAAAAAAUAUAUAGAAGAAUUACUAAAAAUUCAAAAAGACAUUUCUUCUACUUCAAAUAUUCUUAACGAAUAUUUUAGCAGCAAAAAUAAGGAUGAAUUAAAAGUUAUGUAUGGAAGUAAAUUAAAUUUCGAUGAACUGAAGAAACUGCAAAUGAAGCAUGAUCGAAUAAGUAAGUUGAUUAAAAGUUAUGCAGAAAGAAAUAGCGUCUGGGCUUCUCCAUAUGAGGAGUCGUUAAUUAAAGAUUUUAACAAGGAUAUGCAAAAUUUUGAUAACUUAACUGAAAUUUAUACGAGUCAAAUAUCUUUAUUAAUCCAAAAGGGCCUUCUGUCAGAGGAAAAGUAG